UCACACCUAAGGCGCCUCUCACCACGUAAGGGUCUAAUUUUGUUUAGUGUUGGCCUGCUUCGACGAGUUCUCUUCGGUUUUUCGUCAUGAAAAACUCUGCCAACAUUUGUCUUGUGCUACUUCUUACGUGUUUGGUUCCAGUUCGAGCAGAAGGUUGGUCCUGGACAGAUUAUGCACUUGGUAUAGCAGGAGGUACUCUAGCUGUAGUUGCAGCACCUGUUGCUCUUGGUGCUGCAGGAUUCACAGCAGGAGGAGUUGCUGCAGGUUCGCUGGCUGCUGGAGUCCAGUCUGCAGUGUAUGGAGGAGCUGUAGCUUCGAGCAGCGUUUUUGCAGGCCUUCAAAGUGCAGGCGCGGCUGGAAUAGGAGUCAAGACAACGAUUGCUGUCUUUUCCACUUCUGCAGGAGCGACUGUUUACCUCAAGGACAAGGCUUCUGACGAAUAAUUUUUUUGUAGUUUUCUAAUGAUUUUGACUAUAAAUUAAGGAUGCUUUUAUACACAGGGGAAUUAGAUGCUCGGCACGACAUUUAGUAUUUCAUCAAUUAGACACUGUAAUCAGUUAACUUGCUCUGAAAUCUUCUGAAGCAUAUUGCUUGCUUGACUGUUUAGUUUGUCUACAAACUCAAAAUGAUGAGCUACUAUAGAUAAAGCAAUUAAUAACGUAAUUCAAGGCACCACAAUUUCAGAUAAUAAUUAAUGUUCACAAAAGUAUUGGUGAUAGUAGGCAAAUCAUCAAGCAUAGUACCCAAUAUUUGAGAAUACGCAAUGUGCAGCGACGCCAUUUUGUGCAGCAAGGCAUGAUGGUAGUUGCAGUCCUUUUUUUGUGUCCAUUAAAAAGCCCUAAAAAGGCCGCAUUCAUUAUGUAUACCACAGGGGGGGAGAGGAAAUUUUGCUAGAAGGCACAAAAUUUUUGGAUCCCCCCCAAAUCUCAGCAGUAAUUUUCAUAUCCACCCUAAAUUUGUGCGAUAGACAUGAUAGACAUUUUACGUAUGGGCAAAAAAUUUAACAUACCCCCUUUUCCCUAAAUUUUCAGACCCCCCCCCCCCCCCCCCUGCCGUAUACAUGAUAAUGAAUGCAGACUAAGAUGUCUUUGCUUUUUCCAAAAAAGGUGUUGAUUUGUUGUUUCUACAAAGAAAGCGAAAAAAGAAUUUUAAGGAGAUAUUUUAGGGUUUAUAUAUAUAUGAUAUUUUUUUGAUAUCUUUAUUUCAUAUCAAUAUUACAUUUUACAAAUCUAUACAACUCCCAUCAUGCUUUGCUGCGCAAAUUGGCGUCGCUGCACAUUGCCUGAAAAUGUUAUCUUCAAUGAAACGAAAGGAACUGUACUACUAUCCUAUAUUUUGUGAUUUUGCAUAUCAUUGAAGUCGACCUUUCCUUGGUUAACAUUGCAGUAUUUGUACAGGAACAAGACUCACGCCUUUUUUUCGAAUCACGAGUAAAUGAGGCAUUUUCGGAAAUUUCAAUAAGUUCAACUGCACUUCAGAGUUUCACUGCCCACGGUUACAGUAACCCCAUUGAAACCCUCUUCCCUCUAGAUUCUCCCCAACUCGAUCCUACCCUAUAGUUGGGGAAGAUUAGAAAAAAUGGAAGAGAGUGCAAUGGAAUAUCUGUGAAAUUUGUUUUAAUACUAACAAAAUUCGACUUACUUUUGGAUAUGAAGUUUGGACAUCCAAAUUUACGACUUUACAUUGACCGGCACUUAUAGGCCUUUUGCAUGAAACAGUCACAUGGUACUAAUUCCACUGUGCUGGAUGGCAAAAUACACACUGCCACUGGGAUGUUCAAAACGAAGAAAAGUCAAGUUUGAAGGACUGCUUUCCUUUUUUGCUUGGGGGUGUUUCCAUUCUUUUGUUUUCCAGUAUGACAGAUUGAGUACCAUAUGAGCGUUGAAAAUGUAAAAUGGCUAUUAGCGUAUUAUCGUUAAAUUCAUGAAAAAGAAAAGAGAAAACACUCGCCCGAUAGAUAUCAAAGCUAAAGAUACGUUCUGUGAAAGUUUCACAUAAAAAUAUUUUAAGAUGACGUUAUAAGGGUUAGUGUCUUCUUUUGCUACUGGAUAUCCCACAAUUUCUUCAGAUUUCAAGAUGGCGGCCAUUAGUAUUAAUUAAGGUCUAUUUCUGGUAGAAAGUUUGGUUUAUUGUGCCGACGAAAUAUGGUAGAUUUCCACAUCUUAAUGCAUGCUUCAUACUUCCACGCAUGUUUUAUUCAUCGUAGUCUACAUUCCACGAAGACACAACUAAUAAAAAUAAGUCACAAACAGAAAUCAGAUCGAGUAUUUAAAAGCAUAUUCCUUGAAAAAAAAAAGAUUAAAAAAGCUAACCUUGAGGGGUAAACUCUGCAAGUUGUCGAACUUGACAAGUAUUCGCAUAUGGUGAAAAAUACGUGCUGAAAUUGAAUCAUUAUUGUGCACGACAGUUUGAAAUUAAAAAUUUAAGACCGUG